AUGAAGUUGUUCCACAACAACCUCUUUUCAGAAGGAUGUUGUGGAGGGAAGAGAAAGUACAAAAAUUUUGAUCCUUUGUAUUAUGUUGGCAUGUCACGAAAGCAAAUGUUAAAGGAGGGGUUAUUCGACAGUAGUUAUGUUUUGAUAUCACCUGAGUAUCCAAACGAAGACUGCGAUGAGGACAAGGCAUGCAUUCGCACAGAGAGACUAUGUAUGGUGAGAUGUCUGGGUAAAGAAUAUGACAAAUCAAAAAGACUCUUUAUCUCACCUCUGUGUUUGUUCAACAUGCAGAAUAAGCCGCCGAUAGAACUGCCAUUUUACUUGAUAAUGAAGCGUUAUGAUUUGGCUGACCCAGAACAGAAGAGUGGUUCUACACAGAGCUCUUGGAACGUGAUCCUACCUAAAGCUAGAGAAUUACAGAUUUCAAUAAUUCCAUCACCAAACUAUAGUCCACGUGCUCCCCAUGAUGAGGCCCUGAAACAGUAUUUUUCAUGUCGCAGGGUUGUUGCAGUUGGAGAUGUUCUGGCCAUUCGCAGCUCUGGUAAGAUUUUAUUUUUGUCAGAAACAAAAUUAUUCAUCUGGCUGUAUUGAAAGAUUUUCCAGUUAUGUUACAGUUGCUAAAUUAGCUUUCCAAAUUUCUAGAUUUAGUAUUG